AUGAGAGGAAUGUUUCAAAGACUUUGUCCUCCUUUGAAGAGAUUUUACUCAUCACAUCCUUAUCCCUCGUCCCGCCAACUAUCCAUCGCAGAUCUAUAUUCACGUUACAAAUCAAAUCAGCCCAUAACAAUGCUCACAGCAUAUGACUAUAUUACAGCAACUUGGGCACAGGAGGCACAAUGUGACAUGAUUUUGGUUGGAGACUCGCUUGCAAUGUGUUCUCUAGGAUAUUCUUCCACUACUGAUAUUGGCUUAGAUGAGUUCAAAUACCACGUGAAGUCAGUAUGCCGUGCUCAAGGCAGUGCUUUUAUUGUGGUCGAUAUGCCCUUCGGAAGCUUUGAAUCAAGUUUAGAAAAGGGUAUAGAGACGGCCAUUUCUCUGAUGAAACUUUCAAGCAAAGUAGGAGCUGUCAAGUUAGAGGUAGGCAGCUCACAAUCACAGGGAAAACUGACCGAUUAUUCACUAAGACUGGCUGAGGAACUGUGCACAAGAGGAAUACCUGUUAUGGGCCAUGUUGGAUUGACGCCACAGAGGGUGCAUGCUUUAAGCGGCUACAAAGUUCAGGGAAAUAAAUCGUCUGCUGACUCACUAGCGAUAUUCGAGACUGCGCAAGAGUUACAAAGAAUUGGGUGCUUUUCCAUUGUGUUGGAAUGCGUCCCUCAUAAAAUAUCGCAAUAUAUUACAAGUCAUCUUAAAGUGCCGACAAUUGGUAUUGGUGCAGGAAAUGGCACAAGUGGACAAGUUCUUGUUCAAUCAGAUAUGUUGGGAAUGCUUUCUGGCCAGGUUCCCAAAUUUGUGCAUAAAUAUGGCAAUUUUCAUAAAUCUUCUGUCGAGCAUAUAAGGGACUAUAUUAAAGAUGUCACUGAGCGCAGAUUUCCCGAUAAUAGCAUUGAAGGGUUCAAAGUCAAGGAUGAAGUAUGGGUUGAUUUCAUCGAGAGAGUCGAAGAGGCAUAG